CGAUCGCUUCAUUCUCGACAUUGAAGUCAGGGAAGCGCAUUAGUUAGAGUGAGUUUGGCAACAACGCUAGACCCGCUCUUCGUAAUUAUUAUCGUAUUCUCUAGUCAAUUUUUUUGAAAUAAUUAGUGACUAAAAAACUGAACCAAAGGAAUUAAUACAGUGCUGUGAAGUGUGGCUGGUGGCAAUAAGGUGUUAAAAAACUAUAAAGUGAUUGUGACUGUUUUUAACGGCCUCAAAAUAGCUAUUUUCGGAUUUACAAAACGGAGCCCCGAUACAAAAAUGGUGGGCAGUAACGGCACAAUGAUUGCAAUUCGUCUUGUUCGCAGCAAACUCAGAAAGAGGGAAGAACACAGCAACAGCGUUCAUCCCACCGAUGUGGUCCUGCAAACUACCCCGAAUGCAACUCAACUCAACCACCAGAAUACAUCACCCCAUAUUCUCCAAUCGGACUUGACCUACCGAGGACAGUUUCUAUGGACGCAACCUCCACCACCUGCGAAUCAGUACCCGUACAAUCACAAUCAGGAUACGCUUGUACAAAAUUCUGGGGACCGUCCAGGAUUCGUCCGAGGAUUCAGGAAAAACCUUGGAGGAAAAUGGAGACGUCUUGUGAAAAGGAAGCCUUCCCAGGAAGUAUACACCAUUCCAGCUGAGUUGAAGCCUCAACUCAAGCAAAUUUACGUUUAUUAGCCUUAAUACAAACCGAUUGGCUGUCGAAUAGUCAAUUGGAUCCAGGCCCUACGAAUGCGGAGCCCUUCCUUAAUGAGACUGAUUUUUUAAACUAAUAUUACUCCUCGCGAAUAAGAAGAGUAACCUUAGUUUAUGCGAUGUAAAUAUUUGACUAUAGGUUGUAAUACUUACGCCAUACAUUAUGUAGAAUUAUAAAUUUUACAAGAGUAGAACAACUUCCGAUUAUCCGGAAGAUAUGUUAAUACUUUUAUUAGUUUAACUCCAAAAACGCUUUUUGUAGAAAAUACUUUUAUACGAGUAGAUAGAAGGCUACUUGCUCCACACGUUGGCCAAAAAGCUUCAUGCUGAUAAAAUAGAUAAUGCCCAUUCAAAGGUUUUUGUAAAUAAACUGACUACAUAAUUCGGCGGUUGAAAGGUAAAAGGUUGUAACCCACAAAUCAACUUUUUUCGGGGAGUAGAAAAAAUGUUACAUUUAAGUAUCUUUAUUAGGUUAAUUCCUCAUCAAAUUACUUAAAUGUAACGUUUUUUCUACUUCCUGAAAAAGUUUAUUUGUGGGUUACAACCUUUUACCUUUCACCCCUCGACAUGUUAAGUUGUUGACACUUUUCAGUUGUGUUAUUUAAUUUAUUGGCAUAUUUAUUUCUAUAAGUCUUAACUUUUGAACCAGGUUUCAGAAGUUGGUGCUUUGAAAUGGAUAUAGGUUUUUCAGCCAAAUUUUUCUAGCUCAUAUUGAGCCGGGACAUUCUUGGAUGUUGUGAUGUGCAUACAGUUUGAACAUUCUCGAAUCUCUAUUGUUGGCUAUUGAACAAUACUGUAAAUUACUUAGCUAUUUGAGAUUAUCCAAGUCUAUCUCAUUUCAGUACUAGUCAAUUUGAUUACAUCAGCUUGUAUUUACAGAGCGAAUAUGAAUAUUAAAUAAAUUUUUAAAUUAUUGUUCAGUAUUACAGUGUUUAAUUUAUUGAAUGAAAAAUGCAUAUCAGAUGCCAUCAUUAAGCAACGAUACUAAUCUAUGAGUCCAUAACGUAUUAAAAUUGUCAUGCAAUAGGAAUUUUGCAUGCACAUAUUUGUGGGACUUAAGUAUACUAUUAUAAAUAUUGUGAUAACAGUGUCUCGUUAGUAUAUUUUCAACAAUUGUCUCUAGCAACAAAUUCAGUAUAGAAAAAAUUUUGUUAGUUACCUUUUGUAAUAUGCCAUUUUGAUUUGGAAUAAAGAAAUUGUAUAGCAAUAAAUAAAAUGAUGUAAAUAAACUGUGCAAUAAAUUGUUACUUUUUGAAAUCAA